AUGUCCCAGGUUUAUCGUGAGCGCGAUGUGCGCUACACAAGGGAGGAUAGUCCUUCGUCUGAUGACGACAGAUAUAAAAGUACAACGGUGAGGCGGUACAAGGUAGGAGGUGGAGGCCGAGUUGUUGAGAGGGAUCGCAUCGAGCGCUAUGAAGAGGACGAUGACCGAAGGUCAAGACACUCGCACUCACAUUCGCACUCACACUCUCAUUCCAAUGUCGGCCGUUCCUCUGGCGAGAUGCUAGAAGUAGAUCGCCGUGUUGAGAGAACCUCUUAUCCCGAGCGACCUAGAUCGGCUGUCGACUCGCACGACUACGACCACGACCGGUACAGGACUGUCGAAUACGAGCGAGAACGCGACGUCGAUCGGGAUCAUUACCCCGAGAGACACUCUCGCACCAAAGUUGUUGAAGAGAUUAAGACAUCCUCUUCAUCACCUCGCGACCAUUAUUGGGACCGUCGGUCGACUUACCCUUGGGAGGACGUCCGGGAAGAUGUUCGCGUUGAAAAGCGUAUCGUGCGCGAAGAACCAAACGGAGAGCUACAGGUCAGAGAGAAAACCGAGGAGUAUAGAGAAGAACCUCGCGACUAUAAGGAGCGGGAUCUCGUGAUUGAGCGCCGCGUUGAAGUGGACAAGAAUCCUCAUGACGUCGAUAUUGAGCGAUACCGAAAAGAGGUCGAGUAUUACGCGGCACCAUCUCCUCCGCCAGCGCCUGUUGUUAUUCGCCAGAAGUUUCCCGAACAGAAGGUUAUUAUUCAUGAAGCUCCCGCGCCUGCUCCCGUCAUACUUCCGCGGCAGGAACCGACGUAUAUCGUCUUAAGGGAUGAGCGUCGGCAAGUAGCGCCCCGCCCAGAGCCCCGGGAGGAAGAAGAUUAUCAUUAUCGCCGGGAAGACCGACGGCGUCGAGACGAGCGACAAUAUGAAAGCGACGGCUAUGAUGAGGACUACUAUAUUAAGAGGACAAUCAUAACACGAGAACGUAGUUCUAGCUCUGACCGUCACAAGAAACGACAUCUAGCUGAAGGUGCCCUUGCCGGCGCCGGCCUCACGGCCCUACUCUCCGGUCGUGGCGAUAAAAACAGCGAGUACCAAGAGCAUAGAGGGCGCAAGGUUCUCGCUGGUGCUGCUUUAGGCGCCUUAGGUAGCGAGGCUGUACGCCGUGCAAAGAGCGCGUACGAAGAUAGGCACGAUGACAGAUACGAAGAUCACUACGACGACAAUUAUCGACAACACCGAAGCAAGUCACGGAGUAGACUAACAACCGGACUGGCUAUCGGCGCCGCGGCUCUGGCUGUUGCUGGUGGACUGAAAUAUAUGCAGAAUAACAAGGUCGAAAAAGAAGAGGCAAAUCGUGGACGUGCACGCCGUCGUUAUUCUACUGACGGGUAUUCGACUUCCCGAAGUCGGUCAGGCCGUAGCCGAAGCAAAUCCAAAUCGAAAGCGGCUAAGGCAGCUUUAGCAACCGGCGCUGUUGCUGGUCUAGUGAAGCAUUAUAGGUCUAAGUCUCGAGGAAAAUCUCGGUCCAAAUCUCGAUCCAAAUCACGCCUAAGGACUGGUGCUGAAAUUGCGGCUGCUGGCUUGACUGGCGCUGCGGCGGAAAAGCUCUGGGAGCAUCACAAGGAAAAGAAAGAGUCGAAAGAACGCGAACAUCAUAGACACUCAGAUGACGAGUACUACGAUAGAGAUCGAGGCUACUCAAGAAGCCGAUCCCGCUCCAGGUCACUUAGUCGCCAUUCACAUUCACGAGACUCUACGGCUGAUAGAGAAUUAGGCCUGGUUCCCGUAGUUCCCGGGGUAGAGUACGGGAGUAAGCCCAUCGAGGGCUACGAGUCUGCUACCGAGGAGCCGCGACGCCGUCGCAAACACGAUCAUCGCUCACCUUCCACGUCCGAUCGAGAGGCUCGCAAGAAAAAGAGUCGUAGCAGGCUGCGCGGCGUUACGGCCGCAGGGCUCGGAACCGCAGCGGCGGCGGCAAUGGGUAUCAAGAAGUAUCAAGACCGCCAGAAGAGUAAGGAGCGAGAAGGUAAAUCUAGGGAAGCAAGCCGAGAUAGGUCGCUAGACAGGGAAGGUCAAGACAAAGAAAAACGUAAAGCCAGGCGAUCCCGUGAUCGUGAACGAAGGCGCUACGAAGAGGAAGCACCAGACGAUCCAUAUUACGAUUAUCACGCCGCGAUGCCCCCAUCGCCACUCCAUGCUUCUGGUGGGGCAUACUAUCCGCCUCCUCCCGUCACGGAACCUACUGGUCCACCCCCAGCUGGCCCGGCUGGCUUUACGCAGCAUCCGAAUCCAUCUACCCCUAACGUGAAUACUUAUAGCCCCUACCCGCCCUAUAAUCCUCAAGACUAUGCGGGAGUACCUUCAAUGAAUCUGCCUCCUCCUCCCGGACCGCCGCUAUCUAGGCCAUCAUCUGGUCUGGAUAACCGGACCGGACCAGAAAAUGUGAGUCAUCCACGCUCCGGUGACAUGCAAUCCCAUCCUGAUGCCUCUCGGAGUAUAGCUACUGAGCAGGAUGGUUUAAAACAUCUCCAGCGAUCUUCUUCUAGCCUUCGGUCGAGAAGUGUUGAUGCAGAACCUCCUAUUGCUAAAGUCAAAUUCGUGCCUCUCUCGCCGAAGUCUUCUCGAACCCUCCGAAGACAUCGCCGACGGGUGGGAGAACGAUUGGAGGAGGAAAUUGAGGAGGAGCUAGCCCUUCUUCAACGACCUAGAAAUAUACGGAGGCGCUCAGGCUCAGACGUGUCAUCUAACCGACCACGUGUCCAGCGACGUAGAGUGCGCGGCGACGACUCACCAGUUUCUGACGAUAGCGAAAUCGAGUACCUACCUGAUCGUUUUGACUCUUCUGGUCAGCCACUUGAAACUAACAAUACUGCCGUUGACGCGUUUCCGAGACGAGGCAGUUUUGAAAUUCUCCCACGCGACGACAACGGCUGGCAUGUCCGCGGGGCAUGGAGAUCAUUCGGCGAGCCGGAUCCUGCUUUAGUCAGCGACAUUGCUCAAACUCUUGGAGGAUUACUACGACCCGGCGGCAGCUUGAUGAAUAUAUUCGGAAAUGCGCUAAGAGAUAUAUGA